GUUCGGCAAAUUUUGUUGCAUUGUAUUAUUUAUUUUCCGAUGCAUAAAACCUUUUUAUAUCCAAAUCACGUUUUCUAUUCACUUUGUUAUGUGAUCUAAAGGCAAUCGGACGUUUUUCCUGUAUUUCACAGGCACUUUUAGUAUGUCCAAAGUUUUGAAAGUGUUAACGAUGGCGCUUCGAUGUGUCGUCGCCUUAUUGGCAGUUACUUGUACACAUGCGCUGAAUCAAUAUCAAAACCAGUAUGGAAAUUUCCAAAACAACCAAGGUUUUAGGCAACCACAAUUCCCUACAAUUACAAUGCCACCAAUCAAACCGAUGGUUUUCCCAACUUUCCCGACAUUUCCCACAUUUUCCCCGCAGGAUAUAAUCAACCAGCAAGGAGGCCCUGGAGUCAAUUUUAAUGGCGCUGCCAUAUCUUCGUCGAGUUUUACAAAGGUUGACCAGGAUGGGAAAGUUCAACGUGGAGGUCUCACAAAAAUUAUUACCAAUCGCAAUGGGGUUAUCGAGGAGCGUACAUACCCUGAUGAUGGCUCCAACAUCAAUAUAGUGUCUUCGUUCCCACAACCUAAUAUACCUAAGUUUCCGGUACUUCCACAGAUAAAGUUACCAUUACCUGUCUUACUGGUACCCCCAUUUCCUCAAAUAAAGGUUCCAUUCAUACCACUGCCACCUGUACCAAAAAUCGACCCCAUAGUUAUCCCAAAAUACAGUCCAGGUCCAAAUGAAGAAUUUCGCGGCAGAUCCAUCGUUUCAUACAGACAUUCAUCCGAUAUCAAUGGGGCGAGGAGCAGUGGUGGCGUUGAUACAAUUAUCAGUAACGAAAAUGGAAGAGUUGAUAAGAAAACUUUUAAGUAUGGAGACUUGAACGAUGAUUACUAAGUAUACAGAAAUAAUAUCUAGACACCAAUAGGAAGUAUCACAAGUACUGCAACAAAUUUUCCAAAAAAGUAUAAAAUUUAAAAGAAACGAAUCAUUUAUUAUUUAUUUUUGUAAAUAUGCUUGAUGCUGCUAAGGCAUAUAACAAACAUAAGAACUUGAAUUUAAGAGAUCAAACAAACAUGGAUUUAAAGUGGGAAUUGAUGUAGACAUAUUAAUUGAAUAAAAAUAUUUGAUUACCCGUUA